CCCCGCGCCGCUCCGCCCCAGCCCGGCAAGGCCGCGGUGCCGGGGGCGGCGGACGGGGCAGGGCGGGAGCCGGGCAGCGCCGGGCAGCGCCAUGGGGCUGGAGACGGAGAAGGCGGACACCCGCAUCUUCAUGGACGACGACAACUUCCCUCCGGGCGGCCCCGAGCUGUCCGAAGCGGAGAAGUGCGCGGAGGACGCGCUGGAGCGGGACCCCCGCGGGAUGAACGCCCACCUCCAGCUGGGCUUCGAGGACGUGAUCGCCGAGCCCGAGCUCACCCACUCCUUCGACAAGGUGUGGAUCUGCAGCCACGCUCUGUUCGAGCUCAGCAAGUACGUGCUGUACAAGCUGCUGAGCCUGCUGCUCGCCGUCCCGCUGGCCCUGGUGCUGGGGAUCGUCUUCGCGGUGCUCAGCUGCCUGCACAUCUGGAUUGUGAUGCCUUUUGUGAGAACCUGUCUCAUGGUCCUGCCUUCAGUGCAAACCAUAUGGAAGAGCAUGACAGAUGUUUUCGUUGCACCGUUCUUUCAUAGCGUAGGCCGAUGCUUUGCUAUGGUUAAUAUACGCCUGGAUCAAGAGUAACUGUCAGGGUUACAACACUGCUGUAAUUGUAGCUGGUAUUAUACCUCUUUCUAAUGUAACACGCAGGCACUUAACAUUCAUUCCAACCUGUUAAGAUGAUAAUGGCUGGUUAAGUGGGAACAUGCUAUUAUUCUAAAACUCUUUUAUUUUCAGGGAAUGAAUUUAAGACUAAGUAGGCAGUUUUCAUAUCUAACUAUUUUAACAGCAGAAUAAAUGUGGAGUAUGUUGGCAACACUUUAUUUUAAUGGUACGUUGAUUGCUGGAUUACAGAAAAAUUCUCUUAAAGGUUUAAUUGCCACCAUUGUGAUAAUGAUUGGCAUCAUUACAAGAAAUAUUUAAAUUGGCAGGCUGGGAUACUUUGGGUGAGAAUGAUCUUUAGGUUUUUACAUCGAUUUUACUGCAGUUCCUACAGGGAUCAUUUUUGCCCCUCGUUAUAUUGAAUGAUAAACUCGGUCCAUUAUUAUCUGCAUUUAAAAUGAAGGGCAAGAUGCAUAAACAUACAGAGACAUUAACUCUUCCAUAAUUCUCCUGCAGUGGGGAAGAAGCUCCCUCGAAGGUUAUCCCUUAAAAUAAGGUGUUACCUAAUGAUUUGGAAUAUCAGCUACUCUGUAUAUUUUAUUUAAUAAGAGGUUAACUUUACUGUAUAUUUUGUACCUUUGUAAAUGGCACUUGGUGAGCUUUCUUUGAAGCAUUAUUUCUAUAGUAUUUGAACUCUAACAAACUUACUGGGCAGCAAGAGUGAGAAACUGCAAAAAACAAAUGACAAACUAUAAUAUCAGUGUAUAAAUGAUGCUGAUUUUUUAAGCAUUGCUGUGCAAUUGUAGGAUAUCCAGUACAUACAGUCGUGUGCAAAAGAAAAGAGUAUAAGAUUUUUUAAUACAAGACUAUGCAAAAGAGCUGGAAAUGCCUGUUUAUGAGAAGUAUUUUUUUCUAUUAAAAAUGGACAAUAGUAAAUGCAACCCUGCCUAUUUCUGUGUGGACAUUGUGAUAUUUGAAAUGAUGGAUGCUGUGCUGGCACUUUAACUGAGUAACAAGCUAUUUAAUAAGUCAAGUGGGUGCAAUUGGUAUCCUUGUCUAACUCCUCCUCUACUGACUUGACUCUCCCUGUUGUUUAUUACUACUUUAAAGCCUAACCUGUAACAAAGCCCUUUUUUUUAAUCUGCAUUUAAUACAGCUUGUAAACCUGAGUAACAGAACAUAUGCAGAGGUACACUGAAGUUACAUGAGCUUUCUAAUGGGUUUUUGCUGCUGUUUUUCCUGCCAUUGUAAAUGUUUGUAUGAUUUAGAUGUUUAUUUUCUAAAAUGGUGUCGCAGAUUUAUAUCAAAAAAAGUAUAAAAUAAAAUAAUAAAGUAUCGGCUUUUUCCAAUUGUCAACUUUA